CAUCCAAUCAGCGCCGUGCUCCGCGUGUGUUUCUGUCGCGUGCGCGCAGCGUGAGUUUGUGAGGAUGAACGGAUGAAACGCUGUCGGGAUUCAACGCUAGGUUUAACGACUAUGAUUAUGUGAGUGAAUUAUUACAUCGGUCUUCUCCUUAGUGUCUGAUCAGAGCGUUUAAUGAUGAGGAAGCAGCAGACGUUCAGCCGCGGUUUGUCCGAUAAAGUCCGCAAGUCUAAAGCGGCUCCGGAGAUCCAGAAAAACCCGUUCGAGGUGAAGAUAAAUCGAAAGAAGUUCGAUGUUUUGGGCCGCAAGAGUAAACACGACGUGGGUCUGCCGGGGGUCUCCAGAUCCAGAGCCAUUCAGAAGAGGAAGGAGACUCUCCUGAAGGAGUUCAGACUGAAAGACAAAAACAACAAGUUCAUCGACAGACGCUUCGGUGAAUAUGACAGUAAACUCACACCUGAGGAGAAGAUCCUGCAGAGAUUCACUCUGGAGAGACAGCGCACUCAAGACAGGAAGGACUUGUAUAAUCUGAAUGAGGAAGAGGAGCUGACCCAUUAUGGGCAGUCUCUGGCGGAGAUGGAGAAGAUGACGGAUGUGAUUGACAGCGACAGCGACUCUGAGGAGAAGGGCCUGCUGUCAGCUGAACUGACCGCCACACAUUUCGGCGGUGGUGGAGGUCUGCUGAGGAAGAAGAGCGCUGGAGAUGAAGAAGAAGAACACAAGCCCAGAUCACGCCAGGAGCUGAUCGAGGAGCUCAUCAUCAAAUCCAAACAAGAGAAGCGCGAGCGUCAGACGCAGAAGGAGGAGGCGCAGGAGCUCACGGAGAAACUGGAUCAGGACUGGAAAUCCAUCCAGAACCUUCUGGCACACAAAACCCCUAAAGCAGAGAGGAAGGACGAGACGGACAAACCCAAGCUGGACCAGUAUGACAUGAUGGUGCGAGAGCUGGGCUUCGAGAUGAAGGCUCAACCGUCAGAGAAGCUGAAGAGUGCGGAGGAGCUCGCCCGAGAGGAGAGACAGCGUCUGCAGACUCUGGAGGCCGACAGACUGAAGAGGAUGAUGGGAGACGCUGAGGAAGAGGCUGGUCAGACCAACACACACAUCUCUGCUGACGAUAUGAAUGAUGGAUUCAUGCUGGACGGAGACGACCGCAAAACACUCGCUUACAAGGACGGUAAAUGGAACAUCGACGGAGAGGAGGAAGAUGAGGAGGAGGAAGAUGAAGAGGGAGGAGAGGAGGAGGAGGGGGAGGAGGAAGAUGAAGAUGAGGAGGAUGAAGAGGAGGAGGAGGGUGAAGAUGAUGAAGGUCACUGUGACCUGCAGUCUGAUGAGGGCAGUGAGGAUGAGGAUGGUCAGGGUGCUGAGGAAGAGCAGGAGUGUGCUGAAGAGCCUCCAGCAGCGAUUGAGGAGCAGAAGAAAGCUGUACAGGAAGCAGCCAGAGCAGAACUGCCCUACACCUUCCCAGCUCCAGACAGCUACAGUGAUCUGAAGCAGCUCCUGCAGGAUCAUGAAUCAGAGCAGCAGCGUCUCAUACUGGACCGAACGCUCAAGUGUCACCAUCCCGGUCUGGCCGCAGGAAACAAGGCCAAACUACAGAAGUUGUUCGGGUUUCUGCUGGAGUAUGUUGGUGAUCUUGCUACCCAGAAUCCUCCUGAUCUAAAAACCGUCAGUGCACUCAUCCCUCAGAUCUGCGGUCUGUGUCAGAUGUUUCCUGAGGCCGCGUGUAAAGCCGUGCAGACGGUACUCAGCGACACCGGCCACAGCAUGGAGGAGACGCUGGAGGUCAAAGGUCGAGCGCCGAUGCCUGAUCUGGACAUGCUGGUCCUCCUGAAGAUCGCGGCGCUGCUGUUCCCCUCGUCAGACUUCAGACAUCCAGUGAUGACUCCAGCCUUCCUCUACAUCAGUCAGGCGCUCACCAGGUGUGCUGUCGUCUCUCUGGAGGACGUGUGUAAGGGUCUGAUCCUCUGCUGUCUGGCGCUGGAGUUCGUCUCUCUGUCUCAGAGGAUCUUCCCAGAACUGCUGAACUUCCUGCUGGGACUCCUGCACCUGACAGUGUCCGACAAACACAACAUGGGUUAUACGGUGGUGAGUCCCUUCAGACGGCAGGGGAAGAACUGUGAUCUGCUGGUUCUGAAGGAUCCGAGUGUGUCUCACAGCUGGAACAGGAAACCCAUUUCACUGCAAACAGCUCAUAGAGUCACAUCCCAGAGUCCAGUGGAGAGAGACCACUACAGGCUGUCGCUCAUUGAUUCCUGUCUGGAUCUGGUGAAGAGAUGCACGUCGCUCUAUAAAGACCUGCCGUCAUACGCUCACAUCUUCCAGCCAAUCAGAGCGCUGCUUCUCAGGCAUCUUCCUGUGGAGGGUUACCCCGCCCCUCUCCAGGAUCUUCACAGGGAGAUCUUAGACGCCAUUCCUGAGAAGCCUUCCCAGCAUGCACCUCUGGUGUUCAAGAAGAAGAAACCCAUCCCACUGAAGCUCUUCACACCGAAAAUAGUGCAGAUACUGGAUUACGGUAAGAAGCGAGGGAACACGAAGGAGGAGAAGGAGCACGAGCGGCUCAAGCACAAAUACAAGCGGGAGUUUAAGGGAGCGCUGAGAGAGAUCCGGAAGGACACGCGCUUCCUGGCCCACGAGAAACUGAACGACGUCAUGAGCAGGGAUGCGGAGAGGAAGAGGAAGGUGAAGGAGCUGUAUGGAAGUCUGGCCACUCAGGAGGGAGAGUGGAAGGCCCUCAAGAGAAAGAACAGGAAGUGAUGUCAUCAGCUGCUUCAGUACUCUGGGAAACUCUACAGUUAUCCUCAUGAUAGGGCUUUUAUCUGACCGAUUGAGAAAUAAAGCUUUGCAGUGAGAUCUUUCUUCA